UAACAUCCCCGAGAGCUCGCGCACGAGGUCCGUGUGCCGGGAGCGGGACUGGGACCCUCACCGCUCCGUUUGGAAGACUCGGGGUGAGGACUUCGAUGAGGAAGCGAGACUCGGAUCUUCGCUCAACGGAUGGGCACUAAAUGAAAGUGUGGAGGUUCGCAUCUUCAAACAUGGAGACGAGACAUUUCAUAGCAAUAUUUCCACGCGCGCCUCGGCUUUGGCUCUAAAGGUGCAGAGGAGGAGGAUGACAAGCGCAUCCCGUCCGCAUGGCCAAAGCUUCUGCAAGAGUGACUUUUUUUGUCCGUUGUGUGCUGGAGAAAAACAAAAGUCUUCGUUGCCGAUCGGUGCAUUUGCAUCUGUGAGGACUUGCGACGCCACUGGCUUUGUAUAGUCUGCUUCGCUCAGUUGCAGAUUGUUUCAAGUCAUUUGCUUGAAGACGAGUGUGAGAGAGUUUGGUCAUCAGUGUCAACAUCAUCAUCUCUGGUGCAUCAUGGGUACUGUACUAUCUCUGUCCCCCGGCUCACGCAAGUCAGGCUACUAUGACAACCGUCCUGGUUCGUUAAGCCACUACCCGAGCCUGAGCAGCCGUUCUCUCAACAGUCAGAAAGACCGCGGGUUGAAGAGAGGUCAGUCCAUCUUCCUCCCGGUGCUCACAUGGAAACGACUCGUGGCCUCCACCAAGAAGAAGGGGAACCCCAAGAAAGGCUCCAAUGGUCUGGUUGGCCUCGUUGACCCUCCCAACAACAACAACAACAUAAACUUUUACCAACGGGAUCCUGUGCUGCACCUCAAUUAUCAGAAUGUGAGGAAGUCUCUGUCGUGUGCCAACUUGACCAGCUACGAGGUCCCGGCAGGACUUGGCCCGGGCCUCGGCUAUGGCUUGGGACUGGGUCAGGGCCACGGAUAUGGCUGCAUGAAACCCCAGCAGCUUUCUUCUGUGAAAAAAGUUCCCCAAGGGACAGUGACCACGUCCCCCAAACGUGUCAUCGUUCAGGCUUCCACUAGCGAGCUGCUUCGCUGCUUGGGCGAGUUCCUGUGCUGCCGCUGCUACCGCCUGAAGCAUCUGUCUCCGUCCGACCCCGUUCUCUGGCUGAGAGCCGUGGAUCGCUCGCUUCUGCUCCAAGGCUGGCAAGACCAGGCCUUCGUCACGCCAGCCAACGUUGUCUUCGUCUACAUGCUGUGUCGAGAAGUCGUGGACGGCGACCUGGUGGCGUCGGAGCACGAGCUUCAGGCCAUCCUGCUCACCUGCCUCUAUCUGUCCUACUCGUACAUGGGCAAUGAAAUAUCCUAUCCACUGAAGCCCUUCCUGGUUGAGGCGGGUAAAGAGGCGUUCUGGGACCGAUGCCUCGCCAUCAUCAACGCCACAAGCUCCAAAAUGCUGCGAAUCAACGCAGACCCUCACUUUUUCACGCAAGUGUUUGCAGAACUCAAAAGCGAAGGGGGCUGUGUUCCACCAGAUUACAGUCGGCUUCUCGAUCGGUGAGAGGAGUUUCAAAAGCACUUUCUUGUUUAUUUGAUGCUCAUGCCUACAGACACAAACAUUCUCCUCCAUCUGCUGCUGCAGAAACAGCCAUAUGUAUUUAUUUAAUUAUUUCAUCUCUUUAUGUUGGUUGCCAAUUCAUGGCUCGAAAUCUGAGAUUUGAAUUGAAGUAUUCACCAUAGAAUUGUUGAGACUAGGGACUAAAUAGAACAUUGACUUCCUCUAAGGCAGAAUAAUCAUGACCUAAUUAUGCAUCCUCAAAUAAACUCAUCUCUGAAAAUGUACAGUGAAACCCCAAAUAUUCGUGGUUCGGUAUUCGCAAAUUCACCCAUUCACAGAUUUUGUGCUCAGGCCUCUGUAAUAAAAGUAUUACUGUAUCACAAUCGUGUGGUAACGAUCUAUGGUGAAAGGCGUUUAGAAGUUUCAUUUGGACAAAAAUAGUGCUUUGCCCAAAUCUUGUGUCAUCUUGGUGUCAAGGAACUAUGUGGAAGUGAGUCGAGGACAUUCAUUUAGGCAAAAUAGUGCUUUGUUGCCUUCUUGUGGCCUCUAAAGGCAAUGAUAAACCUUUUAAAGGGGCGUCAAUUAUUUGCUUUUUGCAGCAGGGCUCGGUCCCUAUCCUCCUUAAUAGCGGGGGUUCACUGUAUGCAAUAUUCAAGAAAUAAUUUUGAUGCAAUGUAAACAGACUAAAAAAAAAAAUCCACAAUUCAUCCAGAUUCUUCUUCAUCACCCCAUGCCCUUUCUGUUUUUGCUUCAUCAUUCUAACAAAGAACGUCACACAAACAACCUCCUAAGGGUGGGUGGGUCAUGAGUGAGUCCCAUUUGUGUUGUUUACCGAGAAAAUCUGCUUGAGUUUACUUGAAUUCAGGAGCCAUUUGCUCCACCUGUCCCUUCAAACCUUGCACAGCAUGUGUCGGGUUCCAGUUGUCUCAGCUGCCUCUCGGGAUCAGCGCAACCAGGCAUCCCUCCGCAUCCUCACGCAUCUCUUUGAAUGCUCAGACCGGAGGACGCCGUUCUCCCUGAGCACCAUCAUGGUGGAUUUCCCGUGGUCAUAACCACAACAUCCAAGCAGAUUGGAUUGACAUUUUCAUCAGAGACUGAAUAAUAAAAUGCGGCACAGACAGUUUAAUCUGCCUAAAUUGGAUAUUCCGGGACAAUGCAGAGCGAUAUUGCGACUGGCGCUGAGAAUGGACCCAGACUGAUGGGAACAGCUGCAUGUCAGUUCCAUGUGAGUCCUGCUGCUUUGUGUGUUCAGGCUUUUGUGGGUCACCUGGCCUGAGGGGACAGUUGCCUAUUUUUACUCGAAUCAAAUUUACCAGUGGGCUUGUCAGUGUUCUCGGAGUGGUAGUAGUUUCAUAGCCUAAUUUGUGUGGACGCAUGUGAGCGGAAGCGUGACCGAGUUGCGUUAUGGUUAGCCGCCGGGGUCAUCAGAUGUUUAGCCCAUCCUGUGUUUCCCUGCUUCUUGUUGACAGCCCGGGUAUUAAUUAGAUUAGCAGAUUACGCCUACCCCGCCCACGUCCCUCAAGACCUCUGCCCCCUUCUCGUCCACUCAAUCAAACCCCUGCGGAGUCCGGCAGCUAAUCCAAGCCACGCUGGACGGCAAGCAUUUAAAUGCCUCGUCAUGUGCUCUUUAGUCGGAAAAAAAAGUGUGACACACGUGUGCUGGUAGCGGUCCAGCAGGAGUCCGAAUUUGGAUCAGCGUCUAAUGAGUAUGCUGAACAUUCUCAUCUGUCAUCCACACCGAGUUCAUUCGUCUCAUGUUAAAUUAUUCCCUGGGAUGAACCACUGGCACUUGUGCUCUACUGACUCUAAUCCCAAAAGUGCAUAUCAAACAUGCCUGCGUGUAUGAGCCUUAUUAGUUUUAUAUGUUGUUUUAGCAAUGGUAUAAUGACCAUGUAUGGACAGAAUGUCAACUUUUAACACAAGUGGGGAAAAAAAAACUUUUAAUCUUCAUCCAUGUAAGGCAAUUGAGAAGCAAAAUAAAAGCAAGGAAAAAUACUGUACAAACACUACAAUGUGAUUUAGUAUUUACAUAAUACAUUACAAUACAUCAUAGCGUAUGGUGAAUACGAGUAACAACUUUUGAUACAUAAAAUUUCAAUGAACACAAUGACAGAUAAUUGUGAACAAAGACCUUUCUUUCCCUGUGACGCACGCGAUGUUUCUCCGAUGUGUCAACCCGUCGCAAUGUAGCGCCAACUACUGGCGAGGAGGAUUUACUCUGUGUCAGAUUUAUUAUUUUUUUGGCCUUUAGUGUCGGCGGCUGGUAUCUGCAGCCUUCACGAGUACCCGAUAUCUUGAAAUGAGGCCGGUAUUGGCUCGAUAGCGAUUCCUGGUAUCGGUACUCGUACUACUCGCCCAUCCUGAUUAAAAUGAGUGUUAUAAAGGUCAUGAAAACACCAAAGCUAGUGGUGACACACAAUUUUUGCAAUACUAUAUUUCACUCACUGACAUUGCUGUGCUGCUAUCCUCUCCCCCAAAGUCAUAUGACAAGAUAUAAAAUUUGACCUUAACACACAUAAACAAACACUGUGGCGCACAUCCAUUCAGUGGGUAAUCCAGCACUAAUCCUCCCGCCCAAUCAGAUGAAGAGGGAGCGAGGUAUGACGAGAUGAGGGGGGAAAUGCAGUUCGGAAUCCACGGAGAUUUUUAUGUUACACUGGCGCUGCAGUUUUUGACCCCCGGCUCAGCCUUCAAAUCCUCCUCUCACAAAGUGAAGGCCACAUAGUCCCAAAGCUGCCUAUUCCUAGCCCUGUUGGAGUCAAGCCUGUCUGCCUCGGCGCACGCUUGAGGGGGCUCGCAUGAGUCACACCAGUCAACCAGAGACGAGUGACAGUGUGAUUCACAAGCAGAAAGAGAGGCUCCUUUUCUUGGCCUUCAAAUGGCAGCCAUUUGGGGCUUAUUGUUGCCUCUGCACCCCCUCGCUCGCGCAUCUUUGACAAGGACACUUGUGUCUCGCCUGACUCGCCACCCCCCGCCACCACUCUCUGCCCCAUCCCCGCUUGCACACACACUCAGCUGUUCAUUAGAUUUGACACCCCAACGCCGCCAGCCAUUGUCAGGACAAGGAAGGACAAAAUUGCUGGCAUGAGGUCUCUCAUAUUUGUUUUUAUUUAAUGAGACUGUGGGCCGAAGAUAAAGGUUACAUCCCCAAUUUUUAAUAAAAUCCGAGGAUGACAUUCAGAGUGCUCAAAUCAUGAUAUUUCCUUGUGACUUGUUUAAAGAUCAUAAUUACCUUCACGAGCUUCUUCUCAGAGCAGGAUGUGACCAUUUAGUGAACCUUUCUACCAUCCUUGAUUGGAGGCAGACAAAAAGGAACCACUUAAGUCUAAAUGAGCAAUUUAUCAAACGCGAUACAAUGUUUGAACAAAAUGGCAACUGUCCCCUCUUCAUAGUACCUCCGUCCAAUCAGUAGCUGCUCCUCCAAUCGUUCCUCGGAGCGGAGCGGCCUCCAAGCCAAUUAACUGGCAUCUCAGCUGGAGCUCCAAUUCACUUCAUCCAAUCAAAGCCCUCCUUUGAGAUCUACCUGUGGGAAACGACAACACGAUGCCUGCACUAUCUCUGUGCAUCAUGAGGACUUCAUGGUUGUUUGGACUUAUCUUGCUUGUCUAAUUCAUAAACCCAAAAAAGUCUAAUAAGGAAGAUUAUACAGAGCACAUACAUUUAAGACCAAAAUGGUCCUUACCCUGGCCAUAUUUAGUGGCAAAGUGGAUAGGGUUAGCCCAAUGACAAAAGAAAGUGGUUAUAUAAUACAGUAUGUAGUAUAAGACUUUAAGUUUUGUUGGCGAUAUUAAUGAAAAGUACAUUUAAAACAAAAUCUUGAAUAACUUUGGACUUGGAUUUGGGGGAAGGGCAGAAUUUAGUAAUACAAAAAGGUAAUAUUUUAUCUUCUAUCUUUUAUCUUUUGCCACUUUCUUGUGUCAUUUCACAUGAAAAAAAAUGUAAACAAAUUUAAAAAAUACAUUCUUAAAUCUUAACUCAAAUAGUGACGGUAUGAAUAAUAAUUAGUUUGAAGACCAUUUCUAAUUGACAUAAUAUUUUUGAAACUAUACAAAUUAUAACUGUUUUCACUUGAGCUGAACACGUGUUACAGUAAACUCAAUUUAAACAUCAGUGUGGUGUCGAAAACAAUUAUUUUUGGUCUUUUUUGUAAUUUGUUGAUUAUAAAGAAAAUGUAUAAUAGUGUUAAGUUGCCACAGCUCUGUGAGUUGUGUUCAAUUAUUGGAGGAUGCUGCCGCAGGUUAGCAUGAUCGCCUUAAUAUGGUGACUGAUGUAAAUAUGGGGGUGUGUUCCAAAAAAUACAAUAAAAAUGAGAAAAAAAUAGGAUAACGUAAUAGUUUUGUUUUUUCGUAGAACACAUGCUGGUUGGUAGUUUAGAAAUGUAUGGUGUGUUUUGUUUGUUUUUUUACCUGCCCGUGGUCUGCUUUUUAUACAUAAUGAAUUAUUGUUUUAUUCAUAUUUGUUGGUCAUUUAAAAAAAAAAAAAACUGUUUUUAAUAAGCAUGUUGUCAACAUCCAUUGUGACUUUUAACUGUCAUCGUGACUGUUCAUGCUUAGAAACACUGGAAACAAAAGAUUUUAAACAUAUUUGUUCCAGCUCUUGAAAUAGAAAACCAUGUAAUUUGUCUGGCGAAAUGAUAUUAUUUUAAAAAUCUCACAUGAAUUGAAAUUCAAAUGGUGAUCACUUGGGGGGGUUCAAAGGGUUUAUUAUUAUGUUUUAUCUGGUAAACCUCACUGGCCCCUUUUAAGCCGCACAUUGUUAUCAAAUUGAUCAAGUUAGUGGCUAUCAAUGGCUUUUCCCAUCAAUGCAGCAGAUGGUGACACAAAGUUGGCCAUUGUACUUGUGGUGUUUGUCUCAGGCAGCUCCGGGCAGCCUGCGUACACACAGAUUAUUUCACGAUUUCGUUUACGGCAGCACGCGCGGCGACAGUGCGCAGAUGUUAGACAAAGACAAAUAUAUAAAUAUAACAUAACUGUCAAGUUGCAGUCUUUACUUCCAGCUGGGUCGUUCUGGGUUCCCAUGGUUACGUUGCUCAGUAACAUCCUACUAAAAAACAGAAGCACAUUAACUUGAAUGAGCUUUCAUAAAAUCACUAAAUGUGUGUCACUUUAAUAACAAAAAGAAAAUUUGAAGACAAAAACAUGCAUUUAACUAUUUCUUUGGGGGUUUUUUUCUGAUGGUGGUGACAAUGUUUACUAUGUGGAUUAUUGAAUAAAGUAUGGAGCUGAACAACAA